GCAUGGAGCUGUGCCUUUAAGCCUCCGGCUUGCAGCGCCAGGGCACCUGACCUCAGCAUCCUCAGCUGAGUUGGAUUAAGGACUGGGGGUGGGCGCUUGGAGAGUCUCACGCCCCUCUUCCCCCCAGCCCAGCACAGCCCUGCUUUGGCUCCCGUGCCUUGCCGCCUCCCAAACUGUGCUCGUUUAUAUCCCGGUGGAAGUGGACGUCCAGGGGGGCAGAGGCCUGCGCAGCUGUGCUGAUGGUGAAGGGGUUGUGAGAAGGGGCCUGGGGCUGGCAGGGGCAGGCAGCGGUGCCAGGCGGAAAAGCCCCCAGGGUGGGAUUGUAGCCGGACCUGCCAGAGUUGCCAUCCCGCUGCCAUGAAGGAUUUCACGGAGAUCACCCUGUGCACCAAUGGGCUGGACCACAGCAAGACAGAGUUUUGCAAUCCUGCCUUCGAACCUGAGAGCGAGGGGGCCGGGGCCAUGCCCCCUGCCCAGCGCCGGACAGAGGCCAAGAACGGGAGCAUCAUGGGAGCCGCCUGGAACGGCCUCGGCCGGCAGGGCUGGCGCCCGGCGGGGGAGAUGCUGCGCCCCGACUGCAGGUUCUCGGGGCUCUGCGUGGUGCUGCUGAGCGUCCUCCUGCUGCUGCUCCUCGCCCUGCUCCUUGGCCUCGUCCUCUCCCAGCUGACAGCCCACCCCCCCCCAGGCAGCUCUCCCUCCCUGGCUCCCCCUGCCAGCGGGACCACGGCACCUGCCCCCCGGAGCUCCCUGGCCCCCCAGGAACAGAGCAAGCUGCCCACGGCUGGCACGCCAGCGCCCGCCUGCGGCGGGACCCUGCGAGGCCGAGAGGGCUCCUUCAGCUCCCCCAACUACCCGGCGCCCUACCCCCCCAACGCCCUGUGCGUGUGGCACAUCCGGGUGCCCCCCGGGCUGGCCGUGCAGCUGAAGGUGGAGGUGCUCAGCGUGGAGGGCACUGCCACCUGCCUCUUUGACCGCCUGGAGCUCCACGAGGAGCCCGACGACGAGGGGACCAGCGCUCCCCCGGGCAGUGCAGCCAGGUUCUGUGGCAGCGUGGCGCCCCCCACGCUCAACACCAACACCAGCCGGCUCCGUGUCACCUUCAUGUCCGACGGCAGCGUGAGCGCCCGGGGCUUCAGCGCCCGCUACCGUGCCAUUGCGCCCAGCGAGAAGAGCUGCGCCUGGGACGAGUUCCCGUGCGACGCCGGGCGCUGCCUGCCCCUUGGCUCCGUCUGCGACGGCUUCCACGACUGCGCCGACCACGGCGACGAAGCCGACUGCAGCCACAAGCCCCGAGAGUGCGGCGGGGCACUGACCAGCCUGGAGGGGCAGAUUUCCACCCCCAACCACCCCCGGCCCUACCCGCACCAGCAGCUGUGCCUGUGGCAGAUCUCAGUGCCCGAGGGCCACCUCGUCACCUUGCGCUUCCACAACUUCAGCCUGGAGGCGCAGGACGGCUGCUCCUUCGACUUCGUGGAGGUGCACGAUGGUGCGGGCACCAGCGCCCACAACCUGCUGGGCAGGUUCUGCGGCUCCCGACUGCCGCCCGCCCUGACCUCGACGCGCCACGUCAUGACUGUCCUGUUCGUGGCCGAUGACGGGGUGGCCGACGACGGGUUCUUCGCCACCUACCAGGCCUGGAACGCCACGGAGCGGACAUGCAGCCCCUGGGAGUUCGCCUGCGGGAGCGGGGAGUGCCAGGCGCCCGAGGCGGUGUGCGACGGCUGGCACGACUGCCCUGACGGCAGCGACGAGCUCAACUGCACCAGCACGCGCCCCCCGCCUGUCGAGUCCUGCGAGCUGAUCCGUGUGGAGAUGUGCCUGGGGCUGAGCUACAAUGCCACGGCCUUCCCCAACAUCUGGCUGAACAUCCCCGACCAGCAAGGCGCCGCCGACGUGCUGCGGGGCUACAAGAGCCUGGCAGGGCUGUCCUGCUACCAGCCCCUGCGCCUGCUGGUCUGCGGGCUCUUCGUGCCCCGGUGUACCCCUGAUGGGGGGGUCCUGCGGCCCUGCCGCCCCGUGUGCCUGGCAGCUGAGCAGCGCUGCCAGCCGGCCCUCGACCUCCUGGGCAUGGCCUGGCCCAUCAACUGCAGCAUCCUGCCAGACGCCAGCCACCCCGAGGAGUGCGUCCAGCCCUGAGCCCCCCGCGCAGCCCCCCUGCAGCAGGGCAGGAGCUCCCGCCUGGGCUCCUGGGGGGUAGAGACCUCAGCCCAGCAGCAGGGAGGUGAAUCGUGGCUGUUUCCUCCCAUGGGCACAGGCCCGGGCACAGGUAAAGUCCAUCUGGUUCCAACCCCUGCUUUCCCACAGCCCAUGUGUCCAGCCACGAUGAUCCUCCUGUGCCUCAGUUUCCCUGUCUGUAAAGCAGAGGUGCAGGUAGCCUCUGGGCCAAGGUGGGAGGAUGAAGUCAUGGCAGCUGGUGAGGGUCCCUGGCCCCUCUGUGACUGGAGCCAGAG